CCCCGCCCGCCCCCCCCCCCGCCGCUCCCACGCCCCGGCCUCGUCGCAUGGAGCUGCCCGGCUGCGGGCGCUAGAGCCCCAUGGACUUCGCCAGUGUCAUGAAGCAGGCUGCCACGCCUUGCUCGCCGCCCGUCACCCAUGAGCCGGGUGGUGGGCUCUCUGUGUAUACAUGUUGCGGUGCUCUGUGUGUGUGUGGCAGGGUGUGUGUUGUGGUGCUUUUGGUGCUGGGUGUGUGCAUGUUGUGCAAACCAUGCCCCCAUGCCACGGUGCUGUGUGUGUGUGUGUGUGUGUGUGUGUGUGUGUGUGUGUGUGUGUGGCGGGGCGCCCUGCGUCCCCCCGUGUGUGUUGCGGUGCUGUGUGUGUUUGUGUUCCCAGCAAACAGCCCCGGGCGCGGCCCCGGCCUGGCGCUGAGCACCGUGGCACGCGGCCAGCACCGCCCUGGGACGGUUCCCACGAUCCUGCCUGCCGAGGGCCCUCCCUGUACGGCCAACGGGGACAGCACCCCCAAGCAUGUAGACGCCCCGGACUCAACAAAGUCCCCCCGGAGCACCCAGCCGCGCCGCAGGACUUCCAGGAGCCUGAGCACGCCGGAUGCCAUGGCGGAGUGCUGCGAGCUGGACCUGCUGUACGUGACGGAGCGUGUCCUUGCCGUGUGCUACCCCCGCGCCGACGACGAGGGCACUUUCCGCGCCAACCUGGCCCGCGUCGCACACAUGCUGCGCUCCAAGCACGGCCACAGCCACCUGCUGUUCAACCUGUCGGAGCGGCGCCACGACAUCAGCCAGCUGCACGCCAAGGUGUUGGACUUUGGCUGGCCUGACCUGCACACGCCGGCGCUGGAGAAGAUCUGCAGCAUCUGCAAGGCCAUGGACACGUGGCUGAGCGCCGACCCGCGCCACGUCGUCGUGCUGCACAACCGGGGCAACCGGGGCCGGCUCGGUGUGGUGGUGGCCGCCUACAUGCACUACAGCAACAUCUCGGCCAGCGCGGACCAGGCCCUGGACAGGUUUGCCAUGAAGAGGUUCUACGAGGACAAGGUGGAGCCGGCAGCCCAGCCCUCCCAGAAGCGGUACAUCGACUACUUCAGUGGGCUGCUGACCGGCGCCAUCAAGAUGAACAACAAGCCUCUCUUCUUGCACCACGUCAUCAUGCACGGCAUCCCCAACUUCGAGUCCAAAGGCGGUUGCCGCCCCUUUCUCAAGAUCUACCAGGCCAUGCAGCCCGUCUACACCUCCGGCAUCUACAACGUGCAGGGGGACAGCCAGACCAGCAUCUGCAUCACCAUCGAGCCCGGCCUGCUCCUGAAGGGCGACAUCCUGUUGAAAUGCUACCACAAGAAGUUUCGCAGCCCGACGCGGGACGUCAUCUUCCGCGUGCAGUUCCACACCUGCGCCAUCCACGACCUGGCCGUCGUCUUCGGCAAGGACGACCUGGACGAGGCCUUUCGAGACAACCGGUUCCCGGAGUACGGGAAGGUGGAGUUCGUCUUCUCCUACGGCCCGGAGAAGAUCCAAGGCAUGGAGCACCUGGAGAACGGCCCCAGCGUCUCGGUGGACUACAACACCUCGGACCCCCUCAUCCGCUGGGACUCCUACGAGAACUUCAACGUCCGGCGCGAGGACAGCACGGAGGUCAGUGCAGACCAGAGGCCUGCGCCUGCCCUGCCCCGGGGAGGAAUCUCGGACUGGCGGGGCGAGGCCUGGCAGCUGCCCGCACGGCCUGGCAGGGUCCCAGAUGGCCUCGGAGGGGAUGCGGAGAGACAGCGAGAGGCAUUGUCUGGGGCAGUGGGUGCGUGCAAGCAGGGGCGUAAGAACCAGGGCGGUGCAACCCGUGCCCAGCCCGGGGAGCAGAGCCCUGCUGGGUUGCAGUCGGGGCUGAAGGAGGAACCGGCCCGAGUCGGGCCGGGGGGUUCGGGCCCAGGCUGCAGUCAUGCGGUGUCGGGGGAACCGUGUCGGUCUGCGACCGUCUGGGAGGUGGGGCACACGCAGGGGCCGCUGGAUGGGAGCCUGUACGCCAAGGUGAAGAAGAAGCUCUCGCUGCACGGCAGCACCGGGGCGGUGAACGCCGUGCGGGCCCCGCUGCCGGCCGGACCCAACCACGUGGAGCACACGCUGUCCGUCAGCAGCGACUCGGGCAACUCCACCGCCUCCGCCAAGACCGACCGCACGGAUGAGCCGGUGUCCGCGGGCAACCCGGUGCUGACGCCCGAGGAGAAGCAGGAGCUGGACCGCUUGCUGAGCGGCUUCGGUGUGGACGGCCACGGCGCCAUGCACAACCGCGGCCCCGCCGGGCGCCACGUGGUGCCCGCCCAGGUGCACGUCAAUGGCCGCGCUGCACCUUUAGUGGCCGAGCGGGAGACCGAUAUCCUGGACGACGACCUGCCCAACCAGGACGGGCACAGCGUGGGCAGCCUGGGCACGCUGUCCUCGCUGGACGGGGCCACCAAUGCCAGCGAGACCGGCUACGCCGAAGGCCUGCGGAUGGAGAGCUUGGCCAACGGCCCCGGCGGCUGCAACGGCGUGGACAGGGCCGCGUAUGAGGCCGAGCCCAUGCUCAACGGCGGGUACCCCUACGACAACAGCUACAAGGAGCCGGCGAGACCCGCGGAGGAUGAGCCCUUGAACUUGGAAGGGCUGGUCGCACACAGGGUGGCAGGGGUCCAAGCCCGGGACAAGCCCCCCGAUGACAUCGCAGCCGCAGCCCCGGCCCGGAGGCGAACGACCAGCGAGGGCCAAUACGAGAGCGGGGGCCAGGACGCCAGCCCGGCGCGGAGCCCCACGGCCCGGUCUCCCGUCCACUGCGUCUCGCCGGAGGUGGUCAGCACCAUCGCUGCCAACCCGGGAGGAAGGCCCAGAGAGCCUCACCUCCACAGCUACAAGGAAGCCUUCGAAGAGAUGGAGGGGACAUCCCCAAGCAGCCCACCCCCCGGUGGCGUGCGCUCCCCGCCCGGCCUGGCCAAGACCCCGCUCUCCGCCCUGGGCCUCAAGCCGCACAACCCGGCGGAGAUCCUGCUCCAGCAGAUGGGAGAGCUAGCUGGGGAGACGGUAGUUGGCACUGAUGAAGAACCCAGGAGCUACGUGGAGUCGGUGGCGCGGACGGCGGCGACGGGCGGUGGGGGGACACCCCCCAGCCCACCGGCCCCGCAGGGCUACGACGCGGACGCGCCGGUGAGGAACGGGACCUUCGCCGGCACCUUUGCUGCCCCCAGCCCCCUUUCGACCAGCAGCCCCAUUCACAGCGUGGACGGGGUCUCCGUCCUCAGCUACCCCUCGGAGAGCAGCGUCCAGGGCCCGGCGACCUCCCUGCAGCCCUCGCCCGACUCCGAGCGGUGCCCCACGCUGUCCCGGCAGAGCAGCGCCUCGGGGCUGCAGGGGCCCUCCACGCCCUCCUUCCCCGUAUCGCCAGCCUACUACCCCGGCCUGAGCAGCCCGCAGUCCUCCAGCCCAGACUCGGGCACCUACCGGCAGGGCAGCCCCACGCCGCAGCCCGCGCUGCCCGAGAAGCGGAGGAUGUCGGCGGGCGACCGUGCCCACAGCCUGCCCAGCUACGCCACGGUCAACGGCAAGACAUCCUCGCCCGUGUCCAGCGGCAUGUCCAGCCCCGGGGGCGGGAGCACCGUGGCCUUCCCCCACACCCUGCCGGACUUCUCCAAGUUCUCCAUGCUAGAUAGCAGCCCCGAGACCCGGGCGAAUGUCAAGUUUGUGCAGGACACCUCCAAGUACUGGUACAAGCCGGAGAUUUCCAGGGACCAGGCCAUCACGCUGCUGAAAGACCGGGAGCCCGGGGCCUUCAUCAUCAGAGACAGCCACUCCUUCCGCGGGGCCUACGGGCUGGCCAUGAAGGUGGCGUCGCCUCCGCCCACCGUGGUGCAGCAGAAUAAGAAAGGAGACAUCACUAACGAGCUGGUGCGGCAUUUCCUGAUCGAGACCAGCCCGCGGGGCGUCAAGCUCAAAGGCUGCCCCAACGAGCCCAACUUCGGUUGCCUGUCAGCCCUGGUGUACCAGCACUCCAUCACGCCGCUGGCGCUGCCCUGCAAGCUCGUCAUCCCCGACCGAGACCCCACCGAGGAGACGAAGGAGGCAGCAUCCACCGCCAGCUCGGCCACCGAUCUGCUCAAGCAGGGCGCAGCCUGCAACGUGCUCUUCGUCAACUCGGUGGAGAUGGAGUCGCUGACGGGCCCCCAGGCCAUUGCCAAGGCCAUCGGCGAGACGCUGGGCCGCCGAGCCCGCCCCCCCCCCCCCCACAGAUCCCAGGAGGAGGCCGUGCCCCUAGUAGAGGAAGGCAAAUCCUGCCCUCUCCCCGCCACAGUCUGUAUCAAACUGACAGUGGGAUGGGCUAAGUCGGAGGGCAGCGGGCCUGCAAAGCUCUUUGGCUUCGUGGCCAGGAAACAAGGCAGCACCACGGACAACGUGUGCCACCUCUUUGCUGAGCUGGACCCCGACCAGCCGGCGGCCGCCAUCGUCAACUUCGUCUCGCGGGUGAUGGUCAGCUCGGGCCAGAAGAGAUGAGCGGGCGCCCCCGGGCGCUUCUCGCCCUUGAAUUUUGGAGAAGGACUUGGAGCGGAGCCGAGAAGGAGCGCGAGGAAGUGCAUUGUGGGAGAGGGAAGUGAGUUUGGGGGGAGGGGGAGGAAGUUCGGACACGUGGAAGGAGCAUGAACCGCCACAGAUGAGCACCCAGCACGCCAUGCCAGCCCCGGCACCGUCACAAGCCACGUGACCAAAGCAGGACCAGGGCAGCUUUGGGAUCCGUGGCCCCGAAGCUGGUCCUGGCGACCCAUUGCCCUCCCCACCGCUACCCCAGCUCAGGGCAGAAGGGGGCAUUGAUGCCACCGAAACCAACUCCACGUAGAAGCAUCCGUCCUUCGUAUCCAUGGACUGGUAGGAAGUGGCCCGUGUUUAGGGGCGGCCGAAGCCACGCAGCCACACGUGGCCGCCCUCUGGGCCCUUUGCUCCCCCUCCCCCUGCCUCCGUGCCCUUGCCGUGUGCGCGUGCGCGUGUUGCUAGAUGCACCCUUAGCCGCUGGACGGGUCCCUGGCGCCAGGGCCAGGUAGAGGGGUGGGGGUCCCUGAGCUACCUGCCCCAGUCGCGCAGAGCCCGGGGCGCUCUGAUCUCGGGGGAAUCCCUGUUCGCACUAUGGGACCUAUGACACACAGGUGAGCCACUGGGAUUCCUCCCGGGACGCGGACCACACCAACACCCCCUUGGAGCAGGGCUGCUCACACCCUGCUCCAAAGACACGGGACCUGGUCAGAAGCCGCUCCGGGGUUGUAUCCCGCGAGGCUGCCUGCCCUGUCCCCCUGGUCUUGUUGUGCAGGUCGUGCCCGUCACAUGCCGGCACGGGUCCCUGUCUGGGUGGGAUCCUGCCUCUUUCUUUCCCAGCCUUGUCUCCCCUGCUCUCCUGGAUGUUGCAUGGCCCGUCAGCUGCAUGCAAGCAAACUCCCAUGAACCUUGGGCACGUUCUUUUUAGUUUCGGAGGCCACCACCCCUCGGUCUGGCGCAGAAAGGCCGCGUGUUGUGUAGCACGUGCGUGGGCACGCGACGGGGCAGCCACGAGCGUGCGGGUUCUGCAGAUACCGGGGUCCCUUUCUCUCCUGUCCUCAGAUCUGAUACUGUAUUUCCCCGCCUACCACGCGUCCUGCAAUAAGACCUGUGCCUUGUGUUUGAAAGGCAGGAGGAAGAAAGCGAGGUCCUCCCGUGCUGCGAGGGAGGGAGGGAGCAGGGGCCGCUCGCUGUAGGGCAGCCUGGACUUCGCCUUUCCCCUGGCAAGCAGCUGAAACGGCACUUACCGUAUUUCCUCGCCUAUAAUGCCCCCGCCGUUUUCCACCAGCUGUUUUGUGGGAAAAGGCAGGCAUUUGUACGUGAAAAGAUAUGGCAUAAGAAGCUGCCCAUGCCAGGAGAGAUGCGCUGAGGCAAUCCUAUCAGGAUUUGGGUGGCCUGGCUGUGAGGAGGGCGCCGAGGGGUGAAGAGCUGGGGGUGGCGGGGGGGGCUCUAGAAAGUCACAGGAUUUCCUUUCUGCCUUGGUGCCUGGUUGCACCUUUAGCCAGGUGCCUUCAGGGGGGAAAACCUAAAGGGCCAGGCUUGUUUGUGGGCCUCCAAGCCGAUGGGUCUGUUAGUUUUUAAUUCUGAAAUCUGGAACCCCAAAAGCCCUCGCAGGGCAUCUCCCCAGAGCCCUCCAGCCUGCGCUCACAGCCCCAGUUCAGUCCCACGAGCUGCAUUGUCACCAAACCCCCUUUGCAUGUACCAUGAUUAUAGACCCGCCGGAGCAGCUGGGGCAGGGACACGGCCAGGGAAAGGGCGGUAGGGACGUCAUUGGGACAACAUAACGCAAGGCUUCGUGGUCCAGGCUGUGUGUUCACCUCCCGGAGACCCCCAGCCCCAGGCCCCUCCACCUGAGCGCUGCUCCCUCUUCCAGAGACGCGGCCCUGCUAUAUCUAAUAUAUAUAGGAGCUUUCCCAACAGGAUUACUGUAAGCUAAUCGCAAAAAUCUUUUCAAGGAAAGGUUAAAUUUCCACCGAAGAUAUUUAUUUUUUGCCCUGUUGCUUUCGGCGUAUCUUAUCUCCACUAUAUACAGCCCCCUGCACCCUGUCUAGAGCCUCGUGUGUAUAGCGCCACGGAUAACAGCUGACCCCCCUCCCCUCCCUGACCCACCUCUUACAGACCCCAGCCUCCCCCUUCCCCUCCCCUUCGGCCUACAGGAACUCGUUAGCACCUAAAGCAAGCGAAGCAUGCCAAGCGCGUGAGCUGCAACCCCGUUGCCAUGUGACGCGAGGGCCGGUGGCGUGUGCGUGAGUGCGUGUGUGUGUGCAUGUGCGGGACGCGGCUGCGUGCGCGUCGAAGCCUUUGGUUGGUCUCGGGGAUGUGUUGAGAGACUGCUGCGUGGAUGGAAGCAUUGACGGGGGCUCCGCGCCCCCCGUCCCACCCUACGGUUGAGGCCUUUUUUUAUAGCAUUUAAGUUGCUUUCGACAAUAGAAACCUCCCUCCUUCUGCAGAAUUCGAGGCAGAUGGACCGCUCAGCCAUGACCUUCUCACCCUGCCAUUAACCGAUUAGAGAAACACUGUGUUUAUAGAGAUAUAAAGAUGAUAUAUUUUUGCAAGUCUCUAUUUUUCAGACUACAUUAUUUUUUUUUUUCCCUCACCGCUAAAACCAGUGUUGGGUUUUUUCUCUUUGAUUUCAAGCCGCUGGCCCGCUCUACAAAAUUGGGGCUCGAACCCAAAACUCAGAGGGCAGCUCCCAUCAAAUUAACCCGGCGAUCUCGUGUAUAACCCCACCGCAGCCGAGACCCGACAGCGACAAAACACUUGCUUUCUGCUGUGACCUGCUCACGGCUCAGAUACUAACUCACUCGCUGAAGACGGAAGAUUUUUAGACCCUGUCGAAAUCUCAAAUGCUAAGGUCGCCCGCAGAUUGUAUUUAUAACACAAAGCUAGUAAGGAACUAACCAGCUCUUUUUCCAGAUGUGUUUACUUUGGGUUGAAAGUUGCAUUUUCUGGGUAACUUUCUGGAUUCACCAAGUCGCAUCAGUGGGCGCGUCUGCACGUUCAUUAAUGUGCUUUAAAUAAUGUGCAGUAAACCUAGUACUUCCGGGCAUGUCUAUACAUGUGCUUUAAUGCACUUUAUUUUAAUGCACAUUAAAGUGUCACUGAAAAAAAGUGCUAUUUAGUUAACGUGCAUUAAAAUAGGCUAAUGCGGAUUAAAGCACACAUGUAGACAUGCCCAGUAUAACUUUGCUGAUGUCCACCCAGCUACCACGCCGAUGUACGCCAGCUGACAGCCUGGCUUCACUGUCCACGUUCAUUUUAUUGUGUUCGAAAGGGCCAGCGAAGGCGUUGGGUUGGUUUCUUUCGAUGCAGACACCAUAUUUGAGAUGGACACACAAUGCCAUUUAGCCCAGCAAACGUUUUGUUGUAAUCUCACUGCCAUUUUUUUCCCCCCAGCAGUGGAUGUUAUAUCUUACACACACCCACAUGUGUACACACACACACACACACACACACACACACACACACACCAACUUCAUGCACAAAGAACUGCAUAUAUUCUUGCCAAAGAUAGCCUUUGAAACGCACUUUCCCCCGAUCCUGCGUAUGUAUUAUUAUUUUUUGUUUCCUGUCUGUGCCUUUUUAUUUUAUUUUUUUUGAACGACCCUCUUUGCUGUCGAUUCUGGAGUAAGUGCCAGGCCACACGUUUGAAUUCAAGCUCGAUAGAAACCAGCUACAAAAAUGUCCUGUGUUUUUCAAGUGCGUGUUUGUGCCUGGUUGGCCGUUUUUGUGCCUGGUUGGCCAUUUUCGUGCCUGGCUGGCCAUUUUUGUGCCUGGCUGGCCAUUUUAAUGCUGCAGUUAUUACUUUUCAUGUGUACCUGUUUAAAUGUAUGGUGCAGUUAACCAGUGAAUUACAUGGUAAAUGCAAUGUGUGUGAAUGUCAGAAAGGCCCGGUUGAGGCAGACUGGCUGGAGCUCUCUCUUCCUGGCAAGUUGAGAGCGGGUACAUGAGAACCUGGCGUCUUUAGCUGCAGACCGAGUGAUAAAAGCCACAGCUCAGUCAGUCUCUAACCUAUCUGGAUGUAAUAACCACAGAGACAAAGCACUUGGCCUCAGUUGCUUAUCUCUUAAUCCCUUCUCCAAGACAGAGGCAGAAGGUACUUUAGGGGAAGUCUUUCCAUCGUCUUCAAUGAGCACCGGGUCACGCUCUUCAACCUCCCUCCCAGUAUGCAUCAGCUGGACCCCUCCUCCUUGGUGCUGCCAUCCAGCCAUGUGCCUCACUCCCUAGUCAGGUGAACCCAAUCCAGCCUUGAGCAUGGGGGGAUGUUGGCUUCAUCUCUCCAGCUGCUCUAGUCGAAACGUUGCCUUCAAACUCGUCUUCCCAGGUCUUUGGUCAGACUCAUCCCUGGCUGCUGCUCCGGCCCCUGCACGUCAUCGGGUCAGGGUGACCCAGACGGGGUCAGAGGGGCAGCUUUGGAUUCCAGGUCCCCUGGGUCCCACCUGUCCUGCCGAUGCAUCCCGGGAGGGCCAACUAGUAAGCAGCGUGCCUCUCUAGACCUAGUACCUUCGAUCGUCCAGGGGGUUGGGCUACCCACAGCAGUUGAGGGCAAAGGUCCCAUCACGUCUAGUGGUGAGGGACCUCUUCAAAUCUUGUCGUUAAAGUCCCCAAAGCACUUUUGCGAGGGCCUCAUUGGAAAGGCUCCGCAGGAACACAAAGCACUACCAUAAAACAAAGCAAAACAACGAAUCCAGACAGCAAAAACAUGCUGAUUCAGCAGACAGAAAAACGAGACAGCAAAGGGGGUCGGGGUCUUUGUUUUCUUUCAGACUAGGUCUUCGUGGGGAUUUUUUUGCGGGGGGAGGGGUUCUUUAAAAGAAAAAAAAUCCUUGUUUUUUGCAGUAUUUCUUUCACUGUCCUGUCUCUCCCGUUGUUGUAUGUUGUCGUCAUCAUUUGGGGAAUGUUACAACGUUAUUUGCUAAUCAGUGUUAACGAAGAGGUUAGAAAUGACUUUUUUGGGGUUUUUUUUUUUGUUUUUGUUUGGGGUUAUUUUCCCCAUGUUAAUUAAAAAAAAAAAGUCAGAAAUGCGCGCAAAAAAAAAAAGGGGGUGGGGAGGGGGAAAACUCCCUCACUUUUCCCGUUUCUGUGUAUUUAUAGAGAUGGAAAUAUCCUUUAUAUUUUGUAUCUUUGUGCCCAUACCUUUGUCACGUGUAUAAAGGCGACCCUGUUACCCGCCACCCGUGUGUGAAUGUGCAGAACUCCCCCCUUGGCUAUUCUCUUCCCUUUGUACAGAAGCCUGACUCUCUGCAGUUCAUUGUAUGGCUUUAUAAGUGAUAAAAGAAAAAAUAAAUCAAUUAUCUAAAGUAUACCGUUGCUUGGAAUGCCAGCUUGGAGUCCGGAGUGCUGGAAUUGUAUCUCGAAAUGUACGGGAACGCAGGAAUAAAUGCUCUGUUCUUUUUGCACAGGGAAA